AUGGCACUAGAGAUGUGUGGGUAUGAAAUAAACCUAGUGAUUCAAAAACAACUUACUGAUACGGAUUUAAACAAAAACCAUGGUCGUUUGUCGAUGAACACAAAACUACUAUCGUUCGAUUUUGCAACCGAGGAAGAGAGCGAGUUACUGAGCGAACAAGAAAAUAAGAACAAGAGGGGGAUAAACGUAAUGGUAUUGGACGAUGUUCUAGAAGAAAGAAUGGUUUGUUUGAAGAAGUGGAAAAUUGGAAGUGGAGAAGUUUACUGUUUGAUGACACAUUGGAAUUCGAUGGUUGAAAAAAGGGGAUUGAAGAGUGGAGAAGAGAUUCAAGUUUGGAGCUUCAGAAAAGAUGAUGAAGAUGAAGCUCAUCGUCUUUGCUUGGCUUUGGUUAAAUUAGCAACUUGCUAA